AAUGAAAUAAGCAGCGCCAUUCCUCCAACUGUAGGAUUGGCCCCAUCUGACCCCUCUCUCCGUAGAAACGAAAGUUCUCUUGCUUAGUCAAACAAAUAAUCUCUCAUUAGUUUUCCCCUUGUACACCUAGAGAUAGAGCUGUGUUUAGUGUAAUGAAGCUUCUUCUCCUAACAUAAACAUUGUCUCCCUUUUUUUGGUUUGCGUGGAGAUUGGCCUGGCAGCAUGGGAGGCCUUGUUGUCAAGCAGAUGCUGUAUCAAGCAAAAGCAGAGAACAAGGAGGACCUUGUCAAUAAUACAGCCGGUGUUGUAUUCUAUAGUUGUCCCCAUUUCGGCAGCAAACUUGCAGACAUGCCCUGGCGUAUGGGUCUUGUGUUUCGUCCUGCUCCUAGUAUAGGAGAGUUGAGAAGUGGGUCCCCAAGAUUGGUGGAGCUGAACGAUUUCCUCCGCCGCCUUCACAAGAGAGGGACUCUUGAGGUGCUUAGUUUCUGCGAGACUAAGGUAACCCCUAUAGUUGAAGGGUAUGGAGGCUGGGCUUUUAGAAUGGAAAUUGUACCUCUGGAGUCUGCAUAUCCUGGAUUUGGUGAAUUAGUUGUGUUAGAGUCAACUGACCAUAUAAAUUCAUGCAAGCCUCUGAACCGCAACGAUCCUUCGUAUAAAGAGACUUUACAAUUCUUGCACAAAUUGAAAGCACAUCACGAUUCACGAAUCGCCGCGGUAGAUUAAUACAGGUCUACGUUAUUAGUUUAGUGUCCAAAUGCAUAUUUUUUUGUUGUUUGCCAUUUUUACUGUACAUAACGCCUCAAUACAGCAUUAUUGUAGACACUGGUUCCGCUCUUCGGUUGUUUGGUCGGAGCUCGUGUAUAAAAAAAAUGUGCUCACUGCCUAGGUGUAUAGAAAGGUACUCCUCGGAGUAUUUAUAAAUCAGAGAUUAUUUU